AUGGUGGUGUUUCGGCGGGUGGUGCUGAUGGCUGCUGCGGCGCAGGCGCUUCCGGCGAUAUGGCUGGCUACAUUGCAAGUGGAGCAGGGCAUCUCACCGCUGGCACUGCUCAAGUUCUUGUUCACGCACGAUCAACGGCUAGACCUUGCCAUGACCAUCUUGUCCAACGGAUCGUCCUUCUUCACCUUUAUGACCAUCUGCACAAUCAACGCGCUGCUAUGUGCGCUGGCGCUGUUGCUGGAAAAGAUUGUCUUCACGCGCCUCCGAGCCACAGAGUUGCAGCUGUCGUUCCAAUCAAGCGUCAACUUUGUGAUUCUGCGCGCGAUGGCGAUUCAUGCGGGCGUCAGUCUCCACGAGCACGAUGAUCAAGCGUGGCACUGGCUCUUCUGGGCCAUUGUCUGCGGCUGGGGCACCGCCCUCCAGGCCAUGAGCCACGCCCGCCUCACCUACCUGUUCACGUCGCCGCAUGCCGAUCGCGUGGCUGUGGGCAAAGUGCUGGCGGUCGUGGUGCUGGCGUGGGCAACGACGCUGCUUGUGCUGUCGUGGACGGUGGCUGGGCCCUUGCACUCUGUGCAGUGGUAUCUGCUCUGGUGCUUUGAUUUCCUCAUGCUCACCAUCAAGUCUGCCAACACCCUCCUCACCUGGCUCUACUACCGCCAGAGCAUCCCAGCCACGACGACGUGCGAGGGCCACGUGGUUGAGGAGCGGCGGUACCACUCGUCGCUGGUCAUCGGGCUGCUGCUCCUCCUCCUCCGCUUCCUCCUCUGCUCCUCCGUCCUCGCCAUCAACGACUUUGCCAUCGGACCCAUCAACAUCGUCGCCUUCUUUCAGUGCAAGGGCAUCGUGCAGAGCGCACAGGCGCGCCUCAAGGCCCACGGCCAAUACCUCUUGGCGACGCGGCGGCUGGAGCAGAUGUUCAGCGUCAUGAGCGCAUCGCUCAUCCCCGAACACACGCGCACGGCCGGAUGCCCCAUCUGCCGCGAUGACUUUGGCGACGACGCGUGCUCCCUCCCGUGCAGACACGCCUUCCACCAGCAGCAACACCAUGAUGGCCGUGCUGAUAACGAUGAUAACGAUUAUGGUGAUGGUGGUGAUGGGUUCUGGGCGUUUAACCAGGACGACCUGGAGGCGGAGGUUGCGCGCGUGCUGGCUGUGUUCCCCCACGCGCCCGCCGGUGCUGUGCGUGCGGAUGUGUCGGUGACGGGAUCGGCGGCCGCGACGUCAAACAACAUCUUGGAGGGGCGUGUGCCCGCCGUUGCACUCCGCAGUGACACCUACCGCGGUGGUGCGCCACUCCAAUCUUGGAUUGACGAGUGA